GCACCUUCAACUCCUACUCCACUUUUAUCUCAGAUUUUAAGAUUUUGUAAUGUAGAGAGAGAAACAUUAUGUGCUAAUUCUUUAAUUCACCAGUACCUAUCAUUGUUCUCUGCUAUUGAGUUUUGCAAAGAGACUUCUAGGAUAUGGCCAUCAAAGAAGCAAAGUCCAUCAAAUAUUAAAGCUACCAUGAGAUGAGUAUCAAUAUAUUUCCUUUUGGACUUUGAGCAAAUCCUGAUGAGUAAACAUUCUGCAGUUUUAUUGACUUCGAUAAAAGAAAAAUUACACAUUUGGCGUACAUUCUUGUAGUAUGAACGCCAAAUUUUGAAUAAUUUUGAAGCUUAAUACUCUUUGUCGGAAUGACAGUUUCAUAUUCACUGGAUGUUGCCAAGGCACGGUUUGGAGGAUUCACCAAAUUACUGGGACGAUGGAAAGGAAGCAUUUACAAGAUUAUCUGGAGAGAAUUCCUUCUCUUCUGCCUGGCCUAUGCGCUUAUCAGCGUUAUAUACAGAAAUAUACUCGAUCCAAUACAGAAGACUAUGUUCGAAAAGCUAGUUUUGUUCGUUGAUGGCUUCACAGAUAUGAUUCCUCUCUCUUUCGUCCUGGGAUUCUAUGUUUCUUUGAUUAUUGGAAGGUGGUGGGGCCAGUAUUCGACUAUCCCUUGGCCAGACAGAAUUUGUUUCCUGAUCGCAUCAUACGUCCACGGCACAGACGAACGUAGCCGCAUGAUUCGCCGAACUCUGGCUCGAUAUCUGAUUCUGAUCCAGGUUCUGACAUAUCAAGCGGUCAGCACUGCUGUCAAGAGAAGGUUUCCCACAACUCAGCACUUGGUAACUGCAGGAAUUAUGACUAAGGAAGAAAAAUCUGUAUUCGACAAAAUAUCUUUUUCGCACGGAAAAUGGUGGAUCCCGUGUCACUGGUUCUGUGCUUUAGCCACCAGGGCGAAAAAAGAAGGCAGAAUUAAAGACUCUGUACUUCUGAAUGGAUUGUUCAAAGAGCUACUCGAUUACAGAAACUCAUGCGCUAUUAUGUUUGGAUACGACUGGAUAAGCGUUCCUUUAGUUUACACCCAAGUUGUCACUAUUGCCACUUACAUGUACUGCAUAGCGUUGAUUAUUGGACGCCAAUAUUUGGAUCCUUCGAAGGGAUAUCCUAAAAAUGACAUCGACCUCUACAUUCCUUUUUUCACUUUGCUUCAAUUUUUCUUUUACGUCGGAUGGUUGAAAGUUGCAGAACAGAUUUUGAAUCCCUAUGGAGAAGAUGAUGAUGACUUCGAGCUAAACUGGUGUCUAGAUAGAACAGUGCACAUUGUUUACCUUACAGUCGAUAACCUUCAACUGAAGCACCCAAAAGUCACCAAAGAUUUCUUCUGGGACGAAAUAGAACCCAUUCUUCCUCAGACGAAACAAUCGGCAAAAUUCUUUGAUCAGCCCCUAUUAGGUUCAGCACAUGAUUUAGAGGUUGAAGAAGCAGAUUAUCUUCCAAUAGAAGAAUUCCUGGAGCAUGACGAAGAAGGGAAUAUAUAUAAAAGUGGCUCCGUUAAAAAAGAAAAUGAAUACAGGCCUUCGUUAAUCAGAAGACUUCUCAGCUCAAAGUCCCGCAAGAGUCGGCGCAGAACAACACUUCGCAAAGAAAACAGCUCAAACAACUCUCCUGGCGCUCAAGGUUACACGAACGCUGGAUUCGAAUCGAACAGUGUUUCGAACAUUAGAACGCCUCUUUCUGGCUCGAAUACCAGCUUGAAUAAUGCCAUUUCAACCAAUCCUUCAAACAGUCAUAAGCCCAAGGAAUCCUUCAGGCCAAACAGCCUUAAUCUUCAACGAGUUAAGGCUUUCCAUUUGCAAGACGAUGAGAAAGAAACCCACCAGCAACAGGUUCGCCAUUCCGCUCCGCCAACCCCGUCCGAAGACAAAGACAUUCCUGUGAGUAAAACUAUCAGUGCCCCACACAUUAACUUCAUUGAGAGAUCUCAACCCUCCUCUCCAGUGACUGAAGAUGAGAAUCUGGAAGCAGAUUUCGAAGAAUCCGAAAUGGACAGGAUUUUGAUGCCAGCCAUUCCUGAAGAGAUUUCUAGAGCGGCGUCUCUCACUAAUGUAGAAGCAGAUGCUAGUGUUAAUCCAAAUUCACUAAACCAGCUUAAAAAUGUCCAGCAUUUAAUAAACGAAGCGAACAAGGCACUGAAUGAGUUGAAUAAUUCAGUAAAAGCCAAGAAAUCUGAUUUCAGUCAAGAAUCAAAAGACGAUGAACCUUGCUGUUCAACAGAUAAUGAAACUGCCCCCAAUAUGAGAAGUGUUGAUGAGGAAAUAGUAAAUGAAUCAGAUAAUAAAAAGGAAGAAAACAUGGCAGAUAGUAAACCGAUAGUUAUUGAUAUUGAUGAAUAUAAGGUAUAGUAUUCAAGAACUACCAAAAGAUCUGAAUGAACCUUAACCUUUAACCCUAUAAUUUCCAUAAUUCUAUAUUAGUACAGAUUGUAGAAAUUUUUUCUGCUAUUAAUAAAAUAUUACCGACAAAUAUUAUUUUCCAUAUAUACAAUUCUUAUAUAAAUUUCUAUUAAAUUUCGAAUUUUUUCUUGUGAAUUACAUUAUUUUCCUCAUUUGACAACCACUUCAGUUGAGAACAUCAUUUAUAUCAUAAAUUUAUUUAAUUUUAUUUUGUUGGGUAUACAUUUAAUUUUUCUUUCUCGACAAUAAUGCCUGAUUUUUUACAUUUCAGUCAAAAAUAAUUAAGAUUUUUUAAAAUAAAUGUUUGAAUUAUUAAUUGUAUGAAAAAACGUGGAACCUUUUCUGGAACUGUCAUAUCAACAGAAGGCAAUCUAGAUUGUUCUGUACAUACAAUAUGAAUUGGAAAUAAUUACAAAAAAAUAUGUACAAAUAAAAUCAUUU